GAUUUUCCUCUCAAUUACUCCUUCAUUUUCCUCUCUAUUUCACAAAAGCUAAAGAAGAAUCAAAUCUAAUCAAAUCAUUUUCACUCUUGGAAGUUUCUUUUACAUGAUUUGAUUACCUUCUAUUCCUUUUGUGUUACAGCUUUUGAACCUCCAUAUUUUUCACCCUUUUCUUAUUUUCAUCACUCUGCAAAAAGAAAUGUAUAAUUGGGAGAGGACACUGAGAGAAGACCCAUAUAGGCAAGAGAAGAAAAAGCCAAACCCAUCUUUCUCUUCCUCCCUUCUCGAUGAAAUCUACCGUUCAACUUGGACGGACGACGGCACGACCAAAUCUCCAGAUUUGAAGUUUUACAGAGAAACCAUGCAGAGGAAGCAGAGCAGAAACAGUGUCAAAAGUAACAGAACGGUUGAAGAGGAUGAGGUUUUGAGUCUUCGUCGAGCUUGUUUGAUUGAGAAAUGGAUGCAGAGGAAGGUUAGUGAAAAGGACAGCAGCAAACAGAAACAAAUUUUCACAGAAUAUGAGAGAAAAUCACAUCAAGAUCAUGAUGCUCUGUUUUUUAGUUCGGCCUCGAGUUCUUCAGAUUCGAGUUCUGGGGGAUUUUCUUCCUCUGAUACGGAUUCCUUUUACCGUUCGAGAACGAGGUCUUCUUGCUUUGUGAGGCCUAAAAUGGUGAAAACGAGCGUCAUGGCUCAGCCAGAGAAAACAAAGAAAACAGAGAGGGCUCUGCUUUUUGAACAGAGAGAAAUGCAUAUGUUUGAUGAUUACCACUGCAAUUCUGGAGCAAAGCACACUCCAAAGCUUGAAGAAACUCUCAUCAAGUCAAAAUCAAGGGCCUUGAAGAUUUACAACAAUCUGAAGAAGGUGAAACAGCCGGUUUCACCGGGCGGUCGUCUCGCAAGUUUUAUCAACUCUCUGUUCACAGCAGGGAAUGCAAAGAAAACCAAGAGUUCAUCUUCAAUUAACGAAAACAUAUACGAUUCGAAAUCAGAGAGAGACCCAAAGUCUGGCCAAGUUUCAACAUGCUCUUCAGCAUCAUCAUUUUCAAGAUCAUGUUUAAGCAAGAAUUCACCUUCGACAAGAGAGCGAUUACGCAAUGGAGUUAAAAGAAGCGUUAGAUUCUGCCCAGUUAGUGUAAUUGUUGAUGAAGAUUGCCGACCAUGUGGGCACAAAUGUUUAUAUGAAGACGAAGGAGGCCUAAUGUCCGUUGCUGUUCCAACCGCUUGGACAAUCGGAAAAUCCCCAGCAAGAAAGAAGGAAGAAGAGCUAAAGUUUAAGGGGAUAGAGAGAAAAGAAUGCGAGGAUAAAUUAGCCCGAGAGUUUUUGAAAGAUUAUCAUCGAAAUCAAAGGAAAAGUGAGUUAAUCAUGAGAGAUGUUCAAGUUAAUUAUGAAGACGACGAAGACGAGGAUGAUGAUGACGACGCUGCAAGUUACUCUAGUUCGGAUCUGUUCGAGCUUGAUCAUCUUGCUGUGAUUGGAAACAGUAGGUAUUGUGAAGAGCUUCCAGUGUAUGAAACUACUAAUGUUCAUGCUAAUUCUGCCAUCGCUAAUGGCUUGAUAAUGUAAUUUUACUUAAAUCAUCACAUAGAACAAAAGUGUUGUAAAAUUUUUCUUAUGGGAAAAUUUUGUGGUUAAUUGAUUUUCA